AUGAAAGACAGCCAGCGGUUUCUAGAGAUGGCCCUUCCGGAUGUCCGACAGACGGGUCAGCUGGACAACAACACUGACCUAGCGGUGACCGGCAGGGACGAGGCGCUGGUCAAAAUUGAGGUAAUGACCGGAAACACGUGUGUACUGGCCGUCCUGGCCAGGAAGAGGAAGGUCACCUCCAGGAUGCACGUGUUUAUCUUCCACCUGAGCAUCGCUGAUCUGCUGGUGGCCAUCUUCAACAUCCUGCCACAGCUCAUCUGGGACAUUACGGGGACAUUCUACGGCGGGGACGCCUUGUGCCGCUACAUCAAGUUUAUGCAGAUUUACGUGAUGUACUUAUCCACCUACAUGCUGGUAAUGACCGCCAUUGAUCGCUAUCGCGCUGUGUGUCAUCCACUCUCAGCCUUCAACUCGUCAUCCAAAACCACCAUCUACGCCAUGAUUUGGGCCGCAUACGUCAUUUCCGGCAUCCUCAGCCUGCCCCAGCCUAUCAUAUUCAAAAUUCAGGAACCAGAAAAAGGCUCCGGGUUGUGGGAAUGCUGGGUGAACUUUGACCCGCCCUGGACCAUGACCUUGUACGUGAUGUCCUUCACACUUGCCAUUUACAUCGUCCCUCUUGCGCUGUUAAUGUUUGCCUACAUGUCCAUCUGCUGGACAAUAUGCCAGAAACACAAAACUGCAAAGAUGAAUCGACCCGGCGUCACCAAGUGUGACGCUAGCUCCAGCAACCUGUCCUUGCCCAGUCGCCAUGUGUACAGCAGUUACAUGACCACUCGAUUGGUGUUGAGAAGCCCGGGAGUUAUGGAGCGUCGGUCACAUCUCAUGGGGCGACACAGAUCGGCGGCCUCGACUACUCCUCGGGCUCACUCUUUACGCGGUUUCUCCAGGGCCAAGAUGAAGACGGUGCAGUUAACGUUUGUGGUCAUCGUGGCUUACGUGCUGUGUUGGUCGCCGUUCUUUGUGUCGCAGUUGUGGUGGCUGUAUGACGUCACGCAGGAGAACAAUGAGGCCGUGGUAGUCAUGAUUUUGCUUGGCAGUCUAAACAGUUGUUGUAACCCCUGGAUCUACUUGGCAUUCAGGUAA